AUGGAGGUGGAGGAGGAGGAAAGACGCUCUCCACACGAUCAUGUGGAUCGGUGUGUUCCCGAGAGCUUCUUUGAUUGCGUAACGCAAGGGUUACGCGACGAUCUCGAGCAUGAGCGGAAUAGGCGUCUCCAAAUGGCGGACACUGCCUCGAAGCAUCGAGCUGAGUUUGCCUUUGCUCAGCUCGAGAACGAGAGAUCUCUGACAUCUCUUCGUGACGAGCUUAGGGUAGCUCGUGGGAUUGUUGAUCGGUCUCGGGCUGAGAUAAAUGCUCUUCAGACCCUUGUUGACGCCCACCAUCGGGAGCACAAGGCUCUUUGCGAGACGCUUGAGCGCAAGGGCGUUCUUCCUCGGAAGAAGCAGCGUACUGAUGGUACGGCUUAA